GGAAUCAAAGCGCAGGCGUCGACUCUGGGGAUGCUUGCUACCGCACUUGACUAUAUCUAUGUCGCUAGAUAAAUGUAGCCCCCGAUGUAAAUAAGAAUGGCGAGGGUGGCGGAUCUAACAUGCAACAUUGUUACAGCUUGAUUACAGAAAUGCAAGGCAUCUGUCUUUUUCUAUUUUCACAGAUCCGCGUCCUCUGUGCUUCUCCGAAUUUGCCUUUAAAUAUCGCCUGAUGGUUUUCGUUUGACACCGGAGACGGCCAAAUCAGUCGAGCGGUUUUUCUAUACAACGCUUGGGAAAAACGGGUCAUUAUGACCUUAGUACCCUAUUCUAAAAGAAAAACAUCAGAUUGUUUUUACGCAGCAGCGUUCUGCUUGCAUUUUUUGCUCUGGAUUGUAUGUGCUGUAUCCGGAGAGGAGCAUCACCAGUUCAGCGUAGAGGGAUGGCUACAAAGGUAUGGCUACCUGCCUCAUACAGACCCCAGAAUGUCUGUCCUGCGCUCAUCCAAGACCAUGCACGAGGCUAUAGCAGCCAUGCAGCGCAUAUACGGUCUCAAUGUCACAGGGACACUGGAUGAGCAGACGAAGGAUGAUAUCACUCUAAGUUGGAUGCGAAAGCCGCGGUGCGGAGUUCCAGACAAACUUAGGGGUGUUUCGAAGUCACGGAAGCGGAGGUAUGCGCUGACGGGACAGAAGUGGCAACGCACGCACAUCACCUACAGCAUAAAGAACGUCACGCCAAAGGUGGGUUCCCGGGAGACCCACGAUGCCAUACGGCGGGCCUUUGACGUGUGGCAGGGUGUGACUCCGCUGCGUUUCGAGGCCGUUCCGUACAGUGCCCUGGAGAGUGGCAGACGUGACGUGGACAUCACCAUCAUCUUUGCCUCAGGUUUCCACGGAGACAGCUCCCCGUUCGACGGGGAGGGGGGCUUCCUGGCUCACGCCUACUUUCCAGGUCCUGGCAUAGGAGGGGACACACACUUUGAUUCAGACGAGCCCUGGACCCUGGGCAACCCCAACCACGAUGGAAAUGAUUUGUUCUUGGUUGCGGUGCAUGAGCUUGGCCACGCCCUGGGUUUGGAACACUCCAAUGACCCCACUGCUAUCAUGGCUCCUUUCUACCAGUACAUGGAUACAGAGAACUUCAAACUGCCUCACGACGACUUACAGGGCAUCCAGAAGAUAUACGGCCCCCCUGACAGAGCCCCCCAGCCUACCAGACCCCCGCCCACCGCCCCUCCCCCCCGCUUCCACCCGCCCUCUGACCCCCGCAAGCACGACCGCCAGGUCCGCCCCCACCGCCCUCCCCAGGGGGCCAAGCCCUCCAACCCCAACGCCAAACCCAACAUCUGUGAUGGCGGCUUCAACACGCUGGCCAUCCUGAGGCAGGAGCUGUUUGUGUUCAAGGACCAGUGGUUCUGGAGGGUCCGGGACAACUCUGUGGUUCCUGGUUACCCCAUGCAGAUCAAUUACUUCUGGAGAGGCCUGCCGUCCAAAAUCGAUGCCGUCUACGAAAAUAGCGAGGGGAAGUUUGUGUUCUUUAAAGGAAACCGUUUCUGGGUGUUCAAGGACACGACGCUGCAGCCCACCUACCCUCAGGACAUCUCGCUGUUUGGCAGCGGCAUGCCGACCCAGACCAUCGAGACGGCCGUGUGGUGGGAGGACGUGGCCAAGACCUACUUCUUCAAAGGAGACAGGUACUGGAGGUACAACGAGGACAUGAGGACCAUGGACCCUGGUUACCCCAAACCCAUCACCGUGUGGAAAGGCAUCCCAGACUCCCCACAGGGCGCAUUUGUGGAUAAAGCCAACGGCUUCACCUACUUCUACAAGGGGAAGGAGUACUGGAAGUUCAACAACCAGAGGCUGCGGGUGGAGCCAGGCUACCCCAGGUCCAUCCUGCGGGACUUCAUGGGCUGCGACGGCCUGCCGGCCGACCCCGACUGGGACUGGAGCCCCCCAGACAUGGAGGACCGCCACUACGACAGCGGCGACGUGGACAUCGUCAUCAAGCUGGACAGCGCGGGCGGCACGGAGAAGGCGGUGGCCAUCGCCAUCCCGUGCAUCCUGGCGCUGUGCAUGAUGGUCCUGCUGUACACUGUGUUCCAGUUCAGAAGGAAGAGCACCCAGAGACACAUAUUGUACUGCAAGAGGUCCAUGCAGGAGUGGGUCUGACAGGGCCGUCACUCAACAAGGAGGGCGUAUGGAUCUCCUGCCGGUCUAACUAUGGAACGAAGCCCUCUGUAGAGGGACAGACCAUCAGGGAGGCCUUGCUGGCUGAAGUGUGUGUUGCCGUGUCACAAGCAAGCUGGAGUGAAGUGAAGUGAAUCCCUUCAGACUUGGCCCCCCUGGAGACAAUGUGGAUGCCGUUCCCUCUUAAGUCCUAACAAAUACUGUUUGUGUCUGCUUUGACUAUGUCUGUGAGUGAACUCUUUAGGGUAAGAAAGAGCUAAGCUGUAUGGGACCUUUGUCCGUGUACCCCCGACCCUGCACGCCCCUAACAAGCCCUAGCACUAACAGAGAACAAAUUAGAAAUAGGCUUCUUUAUUUUCCUUUCCUAAUUCACUUGACUGUGCAUUUGGAUUUAAAUCCCUGUAAAGAUAAUAAGUUGUGUGGAGGACUGAUACCCGAACCAAAUAUGACCCUUCCUUCCAAAGAAGAUUACCACUUGGUGUUUUUCUUUGCUGGGCUUUCUUUUUCUUUUAAUCCAUGGAUCUGACAUCAUGACAUUCUCUUCAUGUUUCCGUUAGCCAUCUCUGUGUGUGUCAGCCCGUCUGCUCUUUGUCAUUAGUGGGAAGCCGAGAAACUGAAGACUGUUUUGGCAGUCUGUCUCAGAAACAGGGGCCAAAAACCUCUCUGCAAUAUUAAUGAGACUGCCUUAAUCACGGAUUACUUUUAUUCUCCCUCUCUGUCUUGUUUUGUGUGUGUGUUUGGGUGUGUGUGUGUACAGUACAGAUACAGAUCUGUAUAAAGUCGAAAAUAAUGGCUAAUGGGUUUAUAUGGUCUAUUGUUCUGCCGUUUUUGACAGGCUUCUGCAACGUCCAUUUUACAUUGUGUCUGAAGAAUGAACAUCUAAAAUGAAAUUGUUAAAUCUGAAACUCCAGUUGAAAACCUGAAGACACAGAGAAUACAGUAGAUAUACAGUGUGUAUACAAUGUACAGUAAGUCCCAAGAAAAACUGUAUGUUUUAUUGUCUUGCAGUUUCCCAUGGUCACCCUGACUUAUAAUUACAGUGUGGUUGUGUGGUGUUGCAUCCCUCUUGGCGUUGGUUAGGUGAUUCAGUGUGUGAGAGGCCCAAUGAAUGCUCAUUAUCCUCUUUUGACCUUUUGGGAUUUGAAUAUACCACUUUUCUGUGGUAUUUAAAUGAUAAACAGACCAUUUGAAAUGGUCUGUUUAUCAAACAUCUGCAACAUAUCCGUGUUUAGGAGCUUAUCUUGUCAAUUCAAAGAAAGAAAAAAAAACUGUUCAUAUCCAAAAGAUCAAGCUCCAGUUCAUCCUUACAGGAAUUGUCUUGGCUUCUGUCAUAUCAAUGUGAAAAAAGUCUUUGAAAUAUCAUUUUAUUAUGUCUUCAAAGAGUCAAGGUGAAAAAUCAUUAUCAUCAGUUCAUUCCUUCAGUCAUUACUCUUAACCAUGGAACUCAGAAAGGAAGGAUACUAGUGUGUGUGAUGUGACUGGUGUUCUAGUGUUGGAGAUGAACAUAGAGACAAAGAAGACAACCUUUUAUAAAACGUAUAAAACCCUCUGCUUCCAAAACUGUUCCUCCUCGUCCUUCCGGGAGAUCACCCUAUCUCCAUGUGGGCUGAUAUUGUACAUUACCAAGGAGCGUCAGUGUGGUUUCUUUGAAUGUCCAAGUGCUUUGCAUAGUACAUAAUCCAUGUUUCUCUGAUUUACGGUGGGAGCCCCAUGUCGUCCUACAUGUCUUAAUGG